CUAAAUUCUUGCCAAGUCCGAGUUAGGGUCACAGCUGGUAAGUUCUAUUGAAACAAAUACAAGUCUGGAGAGCACGACUGAAAUGUUCCUAUGACUAUCCCCUGGGAAUAGCUAACAUGCACUUGCUGACCAUCAUCCUUCUUACUGUGUGGGCUUCCUGUGCCCAAGGACAAGGAGGAACUUGUGACUUUCCCAAAAUAAAACAUGGAAGCAUAUAUAAUGAAAAUAGAUAUGAGCAUCUGUUCCCAGUUGCUAUUGGAAAAUAUGUCUACUAUUCCUGUGAACAGAGCUUUGCAUCUCCAAAACAGUCAGUCUGGACACGAAUAGAGUGUACAGCAGAAGGAUGGUCCCCCGAUCCACAGUGCCUCAGACACUGCAUUUUGCCUUCUGUGGAACAUGGCCAUUCUGAUUAUUCACAAGUAACACAUUUGGAAGGCGAAACUGUGAAAAUUACCUGUGAUAUAGGCUACAGUCUCCCAAAUAAUCAGAGGAUAAUUACAUGUACAGAAAGUGGCUGGUCCACUGAGCCUAUAUGCAUUCCAUACCGUAUUGCUGGGCACAGGAGGCUUUUCCAGAGCAGUGAGACUGAGACUACUGGUGCAGAGCCCAUUCCUAACAUAGAGCUGCGAGAGACAGGAAACAAGAACGCAGAAGUCUGGCGGGAUCUGGACUUCUUCCACCGAAUCAAUAGAGGUAUUGCUGGCCACAGGGGGCCUUUCCAGGGCCGAGGGACUGAGAAGGCCCGAGCAGGGCCGGUUCCUGACAUAACGUUGGGAAGGCUGGCAACCAGAAAUGCAGAAGACCCGCAGGAACCGCCCAUUGUCCUCCACCCAUUCAAUCCACGUAUGGCUUGGCACUGGGGGCCUUUUCAAGGCCAUGAGACUGAGACUACUGGUGCAGGGUCCGUUCCUAACAUAGAGAGGCGAGAGACAGGAAACAGGAACGCAGAAGACUGGCGGAAACUGGCCUUCCUCCGCGGCCUAUCCGAUAGAGAUAUCGCUGGGCACAGGGGGCCAUUCCAGAGCAGCGAAACUGAGACUACUGGUGCAGGGUCCAUUCCUAACAUAGAGUGGCGAGAGACAGGAAACAGGAACGCAGAAGACUGGCGGAAACUGGCCUUCCUCCGCGGCCUAUUCGAUAGAGGUAUCGCUGGGAACAGGGGGCCAUUCCAAAGCAGCGAAACUGAGACUACUGGUGCAGGGCCCAUUCCUAACAUAGAGCUGCGAAACACAGGAAACGGGAAUGCAGAAGGCCGAUGGGAACUGCCCUUUCCCCUCCGCCAAUUCAAUACAGAAUUCUGUUAUAGACCAACAUUUGAGAAUGCCAGAACAGAGAGUCGUGGCAAACGGUUUAGGGUCAAUGACCAUCUGGAGUAUGACUGUCACCCUGGAUAUGAAAACAAACAUGGAAACACCUCAGGGACCAUAGUAUGUGGUGACAGUGGCUGGUCUGAUACACCAACAUGUUUUGAUCCUAAAGAAAAAUGUGGACGUCCUCCAGCCAUUGACAAUGGAGAUAUUACCUCAAUGCCUUUAAAAGAAUAUGCUCCAGGAUCAUUAGUUAAGUACCAAUGUCAGUCCUACUAUAAACGACGGGGCAAUAGUACCAUAAUAUGUAAUAAAGGAAAGUGGACAAUACCACCAGAAUGUUUAGAUCCUUGUGUAAUAUCAGAAGACAUCAUGGAUAAACAUAAUAUACAAAUACAAGAAAGAAGAGGAAAAGAGAUUUAUUUUCAAUGGGGGGAAACUGUUAAAUUUAUGUGUAAACGUGGGUAUCAAAAACAGACUGAACAGAAAUCAUUUCGAGCAACCUGUAUGAAUGGAAACCUGACAUAUCCAAAGUGUGAAUAAAAAUAUUUGAAAUCUUA